GGAUGCGGGGGCGGGGAAGGGCUCAUUAUUUCACCACUGGGUGAGUCCCAAGGCACAACCAGGGUGGACAGCCCUGCAGAGGCUCUGCACCUCUAGAGUGGCGGUGAACUGGGAGGCGUGGAGCGGUUCAGGCGUGAGCUCGGGCCAGCGAGGGGACGCCGUGGGGCGCGAGAUGGAACGGGGCGGGUGACGCCCGUUCGCGCCCGGGGCACUCACGCACCGAGACUUCCAAUGGCGAAGGACACGACCAGCACCGGCUCCUUGGCCCAGGCAUUCUUCAGAAAGGCGGCGAGUUCUGGAGGGUCGGGUAGAGAGUCACCUGCAGGGGCUGCCGGGUGACCUCUAGCCCGCUCGCGCCACCCCGCCCGGGAAGAGCCCCCGUCUGCCUGCCGCGCCCUGUCCAGGACGGACCCCACCGCCUCCACGUGUAUUCCGCCGCACCUCAGCCCUACGACCGCCCGCGGGCUACCAGAAAGACCCGUGCCCUGCACAACCGCAGCGUUCACACUUACUCUCAGCCAUCUUGUUCCUGGCGGCGGCGAGGGCGCGCAGCACCCUGGGAGUUGUGGUCCUUGAGCCAGCCUCCGCAACCUGGGCAGCGCGUGCGCCCUGGAGACGUGUCCUGGCGGAAGCGGAGGCGCGCAGCACCCUGGGAGUUGUGGUCCCUGCGCUCUCAGUCCGCGCGUGCGCACGGAAGUUGGAGGCUGUGGCGGGGAAGAUUUAAAUACCUUGAGCACCAGCUGGGUUCACUUUUCUCAGUCUAGGGGUCGCUCCCAAGGAUUGACUUCUAGUCUUCCUGCAGCAACUCACAUACGGAGGAAUUUUUGAAAACCCAUUUACAGAAGGAGAAGCGGAGGCUGAAGAAGGCGAACAGCUGCCCUACGGAUUUGCAGCUCGGCAUCAGCUGGUGCUGGAAGCGCUAGUUUUCGUGUCAGAUGGUUUAGGGACCUUCUGUGGGCUCUCACAGUUCCCGCUGUUACUGCCGUAUAGCUGGGAUCACUCCCCUCCCCAUUUUUUCCUUAAGUGAAAUGGUCCAGGUUUGUCUUUCAGUGAAAGUGGGAGUUGCUUGAGAGCAGUAACGAGGUCUGAGCCCUCUGCUCCCGGCUUCACGCAGCAAGGGCCUGGCGCUUAAUGGGUGCUUUUUUUUUUUUUUUUUUUUUUAAGUUUAAUGAACACAACAGGUUAUGAUUCCUCCUUCCAACUUUUCCCACAGACCACGGGGCUGUGACACAGCCACCCAGAGCCCUUCCUCCCCGCAGCCCUUCUCCUUCCCUAUACAGGGCUGUCUGACGUCUGGCUUUCUGCCUCAUUUCCUGGGAGGGAGGAGGGCAUCUCCAUUCCUGGCUUCAGCUUUAGAGAGAGCCCACUAUGGCCCUGGCGGUGGCCCUCCAGCUGCUGACCCUCUGGGCUCUGGGUCACGCAGACCUCACUCCGUCUGUGGCCAUGAUAGUUCCCCCAGCCUCCUACCCCAAGCCAUGGCUGGGGGCUCAGCCAGCGGCAGUCGUGACCCCGGGGGUCAACGUGACCUUGAGGUGCCGCGCACCCCAGCCCGCCUGGAGGUUUGCACUCUUCAGGGCGGGAGAGAGCGUGCCCCUGCUCCUCCGGGACGUGUCCACGGAGCUGGCCGAGUUCUUUCUGGAGGCGGUGACUCCCGCCCAGGGGGGCAGUUACCACUGCUCCUACCGCAGGCUGGACUGGGGACCGGGCAUCUGGUCCCAACCCAGCGACGUCCUGGAGCUGCUGGUGACAGACCUACUGCCGCGGCCGUCGCUGGUGGCGCUGCCCGGGCCGGUGGUGGCGCCCGGUGCCAACGUGAGCCUGCGCUGCGCGGGCCGCCUGCCGGGCAUGAGCUUCGCGCUGUACCGCGUGGGCCUGGCGGCGCCGCUGCAGUACCGCGACUCGGCGCUGCGCUGGGCCGACUUCCCGCUGCUCGGCGCCCGGGCGCCCGGCACCUACAGCUGCUACUACCACACGCCCUCCGCCCCCUACGUGCUGUCGCCGCGCAGCGAGCCGCUGGUCGUCAGCUCUGACGACUCCAGCUCCUUGGACUACACCCAGGGGAACCUCAUCCGCCUGGGGCUGGCGGGCUUGGUCCUCGCGUCCCUGGGUGUGCUGGUCGUUUUGGACUGUUGCAGCAGGAGCAGUGUGCUCGACCAGGCCUUGCCCUAGGGGGUCUGGAGGUAGACACCUGUGAUGUCAGAAGAAUUCCUGCAGAGCAGCGCAGACACUGGGAUCCCUGGGGCCAGACAGCCCCUACUGGGGGGCCGGACAGCCCCCCAGGCUCAGCCCCACUUAGCCAUCCUUCACCUUUGUGUCCUGCCACCUUCUUCAAACCUUGGUUUCUUUUAUUGUAAAAUGGGCACG